UCUCAGCAGUAAACACGUAUUGUUCUAGCGUCUAUGGACUUGUGCGUAGUUGUCAAUAGUAUUCUUGUUACGAAAACCGCGUGCCGUCAAGGACACUUUCCGUUGACUUUUGCAACAAUGCGGAUGUCCUGUACGAAUAAGAGCUGAGUCACACUUGGCGAGAACUAGUAGCUAAUUGCCAUGUUGUUAUUCCUGGCAAAGAAAACUCUUUUUAUUUGAAUAUUAAGCGCGUACGUGUACUAAUAUUAUAUCACCUGUUAACAUGACAUCAUUUCACGUCAAAUGUCAGAUGAGGGGCAGAAUCCCGCGCCAACAAAUACGCAUAUUGGCGACCGCCACCUAAACAUCUGGCUAACAUAAAGCAAGAGGGACACGACAACAGAAGAAAAAUGUAAGCAGCGCCACAAGACAGCCUUGCUACGCGGCUCUGUUGAGAGAACAAUAAACACGGCAAGGAGAAGGGAGAACAGACCCGUGAGCUGAAGGCCGAGAGAAUAUUAUGUCCAGUUUGGAAAUUAAUAGAACCAAAACGAUAACAAGAAGAAAUAUAAUACAACAGAAAUAUACACGGAAAAGCGAGGAGUAUGGUUUGGGGUCCAUCGUGGUCGUCAGCGUCGCUGGGGGAGGUGAAGAUGAAGAACAUGGCUACGGGUUCUAUACCGCAUGUUGAUCAAGGGAAACAUUAUCGGCUGCUACGCACAGAACUGAUUCAGCUGCUGCUGGCACCGUCCUCACAUCAUGGCCUGUUACCAAAGGCAGCCAUAUACGACAGUGUCUCAUAUACUUGGCAUGAAGUUCAUCGGGGCGACUCGCAUGUGUCCGUGUGAUCGUUUCGUGCAGAAGUAAACAAGUAGGACGAUCAAAGGGCUUGCACGUGUGAGCUCUGGCUUGAAGAGGCAGUGAAAUAGCAGUUCUUCUUCAUUACGAUCUGAAUGGAGUCUGUUAAUAGGCGGCCUUCAUCCUGACAUCAACUAAAUGGUCGAUAUAUAUUGAUAUACUAAAGGACGCUCGAGGAAUGUUAUAUUUGAGCCUGAGUUUCAAGUAAGAGGAUGUGAAAUAACGGUGUGCAACUCUGUGUUAUAUAAACAUCCUUAGUUUACCGAAGGAAGCGCACGAAACAUUAUGUUAUUUCUGAGCAUUGAUUUCAGUUUGGUACCGAAAAAGAAGACGCGCAAGAAUGGCGGUGUAAAUAUGCGUGUUGUUACGUGCACGUUAGUGCUUCUUGUGUGGGGUGUGCCGAUGUCCCGGGUGGAAGGGACGGUCACGAUAACAAGGUCAAAUCCGUCGGCUGGAAGCAACGUUACCACGCAAAUGACAUCAGGUCGGAUAUGUGUAAGUGUCGAUAUCCGAAAUUCCGUUAGAGAAUUUGAACAGCUUCGGGGUUGUACGGUAGUCGAAGGUUUUGUUCGGAUAGUUUUAAUUGAUCGUGCAAAUGAAUCGGAUUUCGAGAAUGUGAGUUUCCCAGAAUUACGUGAAAUCACCUGCUACCUAAUGCUUUAUCGUGUCAGAGGACUGAGAAAUAUUGGGCUUCUGUUUCCCAACCUGGCGGUAAUCCGAGGCAAUAGCCUGUUUCAAGAUUACGCACUGGUGAUUUAUGAGAUGCUACAGCUGCAAGAAAUUGGUCUGUGGGGACUUACGGCCAUAUUGCGAGGCUCCGUCAGGAUUGAGAAGAAUUACGCGCUGUGUUACUACAACACGGUGGACUGGGACGCUAUUACCAACGGCGGCGAGCACUUCAUAGCGUUCAACAAGGACGCGUCUUCAUGCCCAAGUCAGGGGGUUUGUGACGUGGGAGAAGGAUGUAACAAGAGUAUGUGUUGGGGCAGCCAGGUUCACAACUGUCACCGCGGGCGCCCGCAGAGCGAAUGCCAUGAACUGUGCCUGGGAGGCUGCACCGGGCCCCGGGCAGACCAGUGCUACGUGUGUCGAGAAGUGCUGAAUGAUGGGGAGUGCGUCAGCAAGUGCCCUCCGGACAGGGUUUCAUAUCUGGGUCGUCGUUGCGUGACGGAAGACCAGUGCAGACAGCUGAACCACUCAUAUAUGGAUACUUUGGUACCCGAAUACGGAAGAAGCUGCUGGCCUUUCAAUGGGUCGUGCGUUGACCAGUGUCCACCAGGAUAUGAGGAACUGAACAACGGCACAAUCACAGUAGGUUGCCAACCUUGCCAGGGACGGUGCAGCCACGAAUGUGUUGGAGGACUUGUAAGCAGCAUAGAAGAUGCCCAGAAGCUUCGCGGAUGUACCACAAUUCUGGACUCUCUAGAAAUCUUCAUCCGUGGUUAUGGCAAUCAUAUUGUCAGGGAACUGGAAGAGAAUCUCGCUGCUAUUGAAGAAAUUCAGGGCUACCUGAAAGUGUCGCGCUCUUUCCCACUUACAUCGCUGAAUUUCCUUAAGAACCUCCAUAUCAUUCACGGUAACAGACUUGAAGACAACCGGUAUGCCUUGCUAGUGCUUGAGAACCAGAACUUGCAGGAGUUGUGGAACUGGUCUGCGAGACCGCAGGGUUUACAAUUGAGGAUUCUUAAAGGGCACCUAAGGUUUCAUUACAACCCAAAACUGUGCUUAUCCGAGAUAGAUAAAUUGCAAGAGAUAUCUGGAGCUCCAAACUAUACUAACUUCGAUGUAGCUCGAGAGUCAAACGGUGAUAAAGUGGCUUGUAACGUAAUUACUCUUCAUGCGAACUCAACUGUCAAAUCAUCAACAAGUGUCUUAAUUGAAUGGGAACCUUGUUUAGUGCCUGACCCCAGCUCUGUUCUGGGUUAUAUGGUAUAUUAUAUAGAAGCUCCAGAACAGAACGUAACUGAGCACGAUGGCUUGGAUGCUUGUGGAGACUGUGGUUGGCAUGUCAUAGAUGUUCCAUAUGGCACAGAUGAAAACAACGUUCAAUAUGCGUCUCAACCUGGUAACUUGGUGAAGUUCGUUCCACAUCUUGAACCAUUCACACAGUAUGCUUUCUAUGUGAAGACAUAUACAAAGAGUAAUAUAGGAGGACAGAGCAAAAUAAAAUACUUUAGGACACUUUCAGAUAGGUCUUCUGUCCCGAAAGAAAUUCACGCCUUUUCAAACUCUACCUCUAACAUAAUUUUACAUUGGCAACCUCCUGAACAUCCCAAUGGUAUCCUAACCCAUUAUCUUGUGUCGGGUAUAUGGCAACGAGAUGAUCAGGCGUUCCUAGACCAACAGAAUUACUGUUACCAUCCCCUUCUUCAUACAUCAGGUCAUGAUGUGCCUGUUAUGCCUCUAAGUACCAGUGAUACAGUUAGUGCACAAACAUGCUGUGAGAAAGGAAAAUCCGAGCCACUUGUCUUGAUUGAAGAUGAAGAUGAGUAUAAUAUGUUGUGUGGAACUGGGGCAUCGAAGAAAAAUAAAAUCUUUGAUGUGUAUGGUGUAGAGAUUGAUCCAUGUAGGAACUACUUUUAUUCUUUUAUCCACAGUGGAAUACCGGAACUGACAGAUCAGGAAGAAGAAAUAGGUACUAGGUUUCCAGUUUUGCGUUCUUCAGUCUCAUCUCCGCAGAAGGUGGUACCAGCAUCCAAUAAUCAUACGGUAAUGAACAGCUAUGGUGUCUAUGAAAAAUUUCUCAAACAAGUAAAUGCUAAUACAACGCAGAUAGUCCUGAAUCACAUGCAUCAUUUUGCAGAGUACACAAUCAAAGUGAUUGCUUGUCAUGAGUCACAUUAUGCACAUUCACAGAAAUAUAGCACAAAUGACAUCGAUGUCACAGAUUAUGAAUGGUGUAGUCCGGCUGGGCUUGUGACUGUUCGAACAAAGUAUCUUCCUGUUGCAGAUAAAAUAGAUUCAGAUCACUUAUCUGCACAAGUCUCCAAUGGAACAUCCAGGACCGUGAGACUGACUUGGAAAGAACCAAAAUCACCCAAUGGACUCAUAGUAGCGUACCGUGUUGAAUAUCGUCGUACAGACAGUGAAACAUUGAAUCCAAUUGUUAAGUGCUUAACAAGGAAAGAAUAUUUGAAAAAUGGAAGGGGCUAUAUUUUGAAUAACUUGCAUCCUGGUAACUACAGUUUCCGUGUAAAAGCCACAUCUCUGGCUGCAGAAGGACCUUUUACAAAAUUGUUUCACUUUUCUGUGGAGGAACUUCCUGCUGAAUCAUCCUGGGGGUCUCUGAUCUGGGUUUUAAUUUGUGGUUUGCUUUUGUUGAUUGCUUUUACAGCAGCAGCCACAUUGUGGUGGAAAAGGAGAGCAAAGGAGAGGCGAUUGAUGAUAAUUGCAUCAGUUAACCCUGACUACAUGAGCGCUGGUGAUGCAAUUUAUGUGGAAGACGAAUGGGAAGUUGCACGUGAAAAACUCCAACUUGUAAGAGAAUUAGGCCAGGGUUCAUUUGGUAUGGUAUAUGAAGGACUUCUUAAACCUGAAGAUAUUCGCUGUGCAGUUAAGAUGAUAAACGAAAAUACGUCUGUCAGAGAAAAGAUGGAAUUCCUUAAUGAGGCUACUAUGAUGAAAUCGUUUGCAGGGGCACAUCAUGUUGUGAAUCUUUUGGGUGUUGUCUCCCGAGGACAACCUGCUCUUGUUAUCAUGGAGCUGAUGGCUCGAGGGGACCUGAAGUCAUACCUUAGAUCAUGCAGAGAACCUCCACCGUCGCCUCCAGAUCUUCGCCGCAUAUUGCUUAUGGCUGCUCAGGUAGCCGAUGGUAUGGCUUACCUUGAUGCUCAUAAAUUUGUUCAUCGUGAUUUAGCAGCAAGGAACUGCAUGGUUGCUGAAGAUCUGACCGUAAAGAUAGGGGACUUUGGCAUGACAAGGGAUAUCUAUGAGACUGAUUACUAUCGAAAUGGAAGCAAGGGACUGCUGCCAAUACGAUGGAUGUCUCCUGAGAGUUUAGCAGAUGGGAUAUUUACUAGCCAGUCUGAUGUGUGGAGUUUUGGUGUUGUUCUCUGGGAAAUGGCAACAUUGGCAGAGCAGCCAUAUCAAGGCUUGGCGAAUGAGCAAGUACUUCAGUUUGUUCUGGGAGGAGGUAUUCUAGAGCGCCCACUCUGCUGCCCUGAUGUACUUCACCGGUUAAUGAUAGCAUGCUGGCAGAGGAGACCUUCCCGUCGACCAAGAUUCUUACAGAUAGUCAUGGAUCUGGAGACAGUUAGUGACCUUGGUCAGAAAUUCCAGCAUGUCUCAUUCUACCACAGCAAAGAAGGGCAGAUAAUGAAAGCAAACAUGGCUCAGCAGCAGGAUCUGGACUUAUCGUGUGAAUUAGCAUGUGGUGAGGUGUUCACGAGCUCUCCUCCAGUUUCCUUCUACCAGCUGCUAGAAGAAGAAACUGUACCUUCAGAGGUCAGCACAGUUAAACAUCAAGGAGCAGUGGAUGAUAGUUAUGUACUUCCUGGUAACCUUCGAGGUCAGUUAGCCCAAGAUUACAGUAAUCCUCAGCACAGCAUGAAAACUUCAGUUCCAAUUACAGUUCCUAAUCAGCGUGAUAUUUCAAGUGACACUUACGUGUUGCCCGGUAGUCUUGUGGAGUCAUCAGAUUGGUGUGUUCCAGAACAUUUAUCUGGAAUUCCAGAAGCUGAGUGUCUUCUUCCCCAUAAAAGUUCAGACUUAGUACUGCAGUGCAGUAACUCUGAAAUUGUUCCCCCGAGAAGAAUUACUCAAAUAGGACCUUCUGUGGUUAGAAGAACUUCACAUUUGGUCCCUGAAGAUGGAUAUGUGCCUGCAGAUAGUGUUUACAUUCAGUCAGAGGAUAAUGAUCUUACAGCUACAUCUCAAAUGUUUGGUGCGUCAGAUAUGAAAGUAUCAUCUGUGGAACCAGGGGAUAGCUAUAUACCUGCUGAGGGUAUCUCCCUACAGCCAACACAUGACACUUCUAAAGUAUGUUACUUCCAUUCACCUGCAGUUACAUCACAAAACUGUGUUCCUCCAGAAAGUAGUAGUAUGGACAGUGAUGCAAGAUCACAGGCUGAAAGUUGUAAGCAUCUAGUGGCUUCUGUUUCAUCUGAGAGUGAAGCCAAUCUAUCAAGUCAAGACAAUUUUGUUCCUGCUGACACUGUCGAUAAUCAGCCUCCAGCAGGAGACUCUUUUGCUCAUCAGAUUCCAAGGAAACUGUUACUUUCGAUUCCAGAAGACUGUAGGGUAGGUGUGCCUGAAGAAAAUCUUCAUGAAGAAGAGAGGUUGAAAGGUAAUAGUGACAGCAGACAUAGACUCACUAAUGGUAUGGUAAAUGGUUUAUAUUUCCCUCCCACAUCAAGAGCCAAUGAAUAUGUUUGACCUUUCAAAUAGAAUUUCUGAUUGACUUCACCAGAUGUAGUGUUUGCUCAGUAUUUGCCAUUAUCUUAUAUGAUACCAAUUACAGGUAGUCUUCAUUUUAAACAUACAUUAGCCUAAAAACUCCGUGAAUAUGCAGUGACUGUUGCAAAUUAUAUUUUUCCAUUGUUUCAAAUGCAAUUAAAUUUAAAAACUGAUGGACAUCAUUAUGAGUGUACAUAUUAACAAAUAGGACUGAGUGAUUCAGUCUUAAUAUAUCUAAUUGCACUGUUUGAACUACAGAGGUUAUAUGAUACUGAAUGAGAUGAGAACGAGGUGCAGAUUACUGUUCAACAUAUAAUUAUGUAUAUAUAUAUGUUAAUGGGUGAUCCAAGUAUCUUGAAAAUAUACUGCAUUUUAAUGUGUAGUUGGUCUGUAUUUCACACAUAACUUAAAUCAAUGAUGUGUAAGCUUCAUCAGAUGCCUAAACUCACACUCUCAUAAGUUUAGUACAGAUUUGCAUUAAAAUAUACUAAGUGGUUCCUCUCUAGUUCUCAGAAUGUACCGCAAAUUAAUCAUUUUGAAAGGAAGCAUGAGAUAGCUCAUCUGAGAGUUCAGGGAUUCUUGUUGGUGGCAAAAUGUAGAUAUACUAACUACGCAUGUAAUUAACAUAGUGCAUUUUCAAGUUACUUGAGUCACCCCAUAAUACAGAAGGACAGAUAAUUUUAGUUUGAAAUUUGUGGCACAGCAUUUUAUCUGACAUUCACACUCUUUUGGAAACAUGAAAAAGGGGAAGUUCAGUUCCCUUGUAUUGACGAAAACAUACAUGUUCACUGGUGGUUCUGCUUUCUAUAACUGUUCAUUUGUUAGUACCAUAGUUUCAAGUUAAAAUGUUUUCUAUUUUGAAAAUGAAUAUUGUUAGUAAUUCAGGAUGUUGUUUAUCUUUCCCAUUACUAAAAUUUAAACCUUGGUUCUCACUUGAAUCAUAUAAAUAUAUACACAGGGAACUAUAUGUUAAGUAAUAUAUUUACACAAAACUAUAUAUUAAUGUGAAAUAUUUACAGGAAUUUUUCCAUUAAUGUUCUUUUGUAAUCAUGAGUAAGAAACUAAGAACCUACAUUAUUUGCGCAGUCACAUUUGUCAUCUCAACCAUACUGAAAUGUCUAUAUGUAAAAUUACAUCCUUACUGUGUCCAUGCAUAAUAUAAACAGACAUUUUUGUCUGUCAAAGAACUUACUUUGCUAAAUAUGAAAAUUCUGAUGUACUUGCAGUUAAUUAAGGUGUAUAAAUUCAAUUGCUUGUAUUCUGUAGUAUGCCAAUUUCCUUUCAGGCCAGGCAAAUGCCAAAUGGAAAAUGGAUGCCUGAGUGCAGUGGAAGGGGAAGGAAGCCCCAGCCAUAUAUCAAGGCUUUCACUUCUCUAAAAAUAUUGAAAUUUUUGUGAUGAUGCAAAAGUGUAAUGUAAGUUCACUGAAAUCACCAUGGACAACAAAAGCAUUAACUUCAUAAAAUUAAUUUAAAAUCAGUAAAGACUGGACUUUGUUGAGCAAUAUUGGAUUCUGACCUAGUUCAGUAAAGGCACUGAAGAAUGUCAGAUACAUUUUUUAUUUAUUUAACGUUGCAUCAACUGCCUAGGUUAUGUAACAUGAAACAAAGGUAUCCCUCAUUUUACAAAUUUUUUUGACACAAUGAAGUUGUUAAUUUCUACCUAUUUUUCACUUAAUGAACUUCAUUUUCACUACAACGAACAGUUUGUAAGAUUGGCAACGUUUGCAUUUAAAGUAAUGGGGGCUUCAAUUUUAUUUAAGAAGUUCACCUUACAAAGAACUUUUGUGGAAUGAAUUACCUUUGUAAACUGAGGGAUAAAUGUAGUUUGUUUGUUGGUGAACUCUAAAUUGGAAAUGAUGUUGUUAUGGCCUGUUUUAGGGAACUAUCCUGGCAUGUUCCUGGAGGGGCUGAAUAAAAGUACAAAAAGCACAAGGCACAAGAUUUUAAAAAGGAGUAUUAACCACUCAACCAUGACAUUGAGAAUAGCAAAGGUUGACCUCUCCAUUCCAUACUUGUGAUGUCUGAUUUUAUCACAAGAUUUUUAAAAUGUUUACGUGUCUAACAAACAGUUCAGGAUACUCUUACACCUAUGUGUAGUUAUGGCAUAUAAAUAUUGUUCCAGGUUUCUUUGUAAGUAUGAAAAAAAUGUGUGUGUAAUAUUACAAGCAUCAAACAUAAAAGUCAUCCUGAAUGUUUGAAAUAUAUGAAUUAAUAAUGUACAAAACUGCUGGAUUAUCUAGGUUAGCUAUAAUACAAGUUACAAGACAGAAGUGCUGCUUUGAGGAAAAUAUUUUAAAUUGUUAUUUCUAUGACAAAGUACACCAAGUUUUAGUUUAUGAAAGGGAUAUAUUCCUUGGAAAUCAUAUGUGAUAACAAGUUGGUAAUCAGAAAUUUAUUUCCUUCCAAUGGUGACCUGAAAUAAUAUGUUGACAGAAAUGGGCAGAUUAUUUUGAGAAAAAGAAAAUGGCUAAUAAACUGUAAACAACAGAGUACAAUUGCUGCAUUUGGCUGUCUGAGAAGUGGGGAUAUGGAGGAAAGUGCUGUAACAUGGGUCUUAGCUUCUUAAUGCUGAAGUAGACAUUAACAAAUCAUGGCAAAAGGAGAAACAAAUCUUUUUAAACAUGUUAAAUCUUUUUAAUGGAACAUUCAUAGAAUGAGUUGGUAUAGCUGUCAUCUGAAUGAACGAUGUCAAUUUUAAAUGCUUUUUCAUAAUAUUUUGUGAAUGCAAUGCAUGUUAAUCAUUUCCUGAAACAUCAUGGCUUUAUGUAGGAAAUGUGUUGUAAAGUUUAAUACUGUUGUAAGUCACAUUCCUUAUGCUGAACACUGCUGGCUUAAUGUGCAGUGCAGACUUUCUCAGAUAUAUGGUUUGUGGGUAGCUGGUGCUCAUAUUAGGCGGCUGGAAGUAGAGUGGUUUGAACAUAACUUAUUUCUUUGAUGAGUUAUUUAAUGAUGAUGUCGGUGAACAUAACUUCACAUCAGAACAGUAGUGUUGAACUGCAUGACCCUUGUCUAUAAAAGUACUCACAAAUAGUGUAACAGGCCAUGGAGGCUCUUAGUAUUGUCAGACAUUGAGGAUCCCAUAUUUUUAGGCAGUCAGCUCACAGAUAGUGGUGAGGUUGUCAGCCUUGUGCACUGGCCGCCCUUUACCCUGAGGAAGAUUCCUGGA